GAUUAUUCUGUUAAUGAUAAAACCUUAUUGUACGGAUACCGAAGAAGUAGUAUGUUCUUAUUCACUGACACAAUAUAUCCUAAUAAAUUGGCACGAUAAUACCCAAAUAAUCGUCGAUUUUUAUAAAUGGCAGAAAGAAAAAGUUAAAAAAUCGCAAAUACGUAUGAAAAAUCGUUUAAAAAAAAAUAAUAAAGAAAAAGUAAUCAGUAAAGAAACAAUAAACGAGUAUAUUGAACAUCGUUAUCAAGGUCUCGGAGGCUGCUAUAAACAAAUUGCAGAAUAUAGUGAUUUAAAUUUUUAUUUAAAUAAAAAUCAUUCGAAUCAAUAUGAAAUAAAAUGCGAUUUUAUUGGUCCACCGUUGCCACAUAAACCAGAAGUAAAAAUAUGCAAACAUAUUGGUGAAUAUUUCUUGCAAUUUGGAAUUCGUGUGUACCGCCAAUUUCUUAGUUAUUUAAUUCCGCAACUUUCUAAACCUAAAGAAGCAAAGCCGAAAAAAAAUAAAAAAGCCAAGAAAGAAAAACGAGACACUAGUGAAAAAAAAAAUAUCAAAGAAAAAACCGGCUUAGUCAGAUUGAAUAAAAAAUUACGAAAGAUUGUAAAGCCCCUUAAAGGACCGGCUAUGCGUAUUGCAGCAGGAAUGAUCAGUGGGUACUAUAAAUUGAGAUGCCAUUCGCUUAUGCCUCACUAUGAUACAUUUAAUAAGUUUUAUUUAAAAAAUCAUAAUAACGGAACAAAGAACUACUUGGAAGAUGCUAAAUGUGACUUUUUCAUACGGUUAAAGACAAAAGAACAUCACGAUAAUUCUAAGUAUACUCCUCUUUUUAAUCAAGAUCAAACCGAAGUAAUAACUGAUAACUAGUUAUGUCGGUAGUUCAGUUGAUAAAGUUUGUUUGAUAUGAGAUAAAUCUACCUACAUCUAAUUCCUAAAAGGCUUUAUUUAUUUUAUUCGCACAAUAAUAAUUAAAAACAUACAUUUUAUGUACCUACUAAAAUAUUUUAUACAUAUUUUUCCUAUUUUUAACUAUUUAUCCUAACUAAAAAAUUAUCUGAAAAUUACAUCUUUAAGUCAAAUGUUUAACCUUUCCAAAAUAUGUUUUAAAAAAAAUAAUUAAUUAUUACUUGUUUUACAUGUACGUAAAUGUAUAAUUUGUAUAAACCACGGGUA